AUGUACGCUUCCCGGACACCCUCCUUCAUCUUCGAGUUCGUCAACACCGUCGACCACAAGCAGCUCUAUCGCACCCUGAAGGCGGAUGACAUUCGCUACUACAUCUACCAGCUGCUCCUGGCCCUCGACUAUGCCCACUCGCAUGGCAUCAUGCACCGCGAUGUCAAGCCGCACAAUGUCAUGAUCGACCACAACAAGCGCCAGCUGCGCCUCAUCGAUUGGGGUCUGGCCGAGUUCUACCACCCCAACACCGCGUACAAUGUGCGCGUCGCCUCGCGCUACUUCAAGGGCCCGGAGCUGCUUGUGGACUUCCAGCACUACGACUACUCCCUGGACCUGUGGAGCCUGGGCUGCAUGUUCGCCGGCAUGAUUUUCAAGGUUGACACCUUCUUCUGCGGCUCGGACAACGUCGACCAGCUUGUCAAGAUUGUCGACGUCCUGGGGUUCAAGAAGCUCGAGGCGUACCUGGACAAGUACAAGCUCCGCCUGCACACGUCCAUCCUCUCGCUCCUGUCCGGCAAGGAGGGCCGCCGCCUGAGCUCCUUCAUCAAUGACGACAACCGGGAUCUGGCCUCGGCCGACGCCAUCGACUUCCUGGAGCGUCUGCUGCGCUUCGACCAUGUCGAGCGCCUGACCGCCCGCGAGGCCAUGCUCCACCCCUACUUCGACCCGAUCCGCCACGAGGUCAGCCCUCCCCAGCCGUACAACAACAGCACCGGCUUCCUGGAGACCAACUAA